AUGUCUGGCGCAAGCGAGCCUCGUACGCAGUCAAAUUUCGUUUCGCGGUCGAGCAGCACCUCGAGCAAUGAAGUUCCAGAUACUGAGUCCAAGGAACAGCCCAGUGGCAAACUCUUUCGACGUUCGCGUUCCGGCUGCUACACCUGUCGCCUACGAAGAAAGAAGUGUGAUGAAUCUCAUCCUGCUUGCAAGAAUUGUACCAAUCUUUGCGUCCGUUGUGAGUACAAGCGGCCGGAUUGGUGGGCGAGCGCAGAGCAACGGCGGGUUCAGAAAGAGCGAAUCAAGGCCCGGAUCAGGCAAACGAAAGUGCUGGAGAAGCAGAACAACCUUCAAGAUUUCAUCGAUCGCCAUCUGCCACCUCGAGUCACUGUGGGAUAUGAUUUCAGUCAACCUGUGCUUGUCGACCCGUAUCAGGCAUACGACUCAUACACCAGCCAAUUUUCCGCUUCCAAUUUGAUGUCGACGGCUAAUGCUAACGAUCGACCUGAAGCUGCCUUUGCGACUGAAAACAAGACCAUUUUGAAUGGUGUGCCUACUCAGGGAUUCUAUGGCAUGCCGCAGCCUCAUGAGGCUCUGUUCAAUUCUCCUGGCUAUGAAUGGCCCCAAGAAGGCUUUCAGAGGCCGCAGCACUAUGUCUACCACAAUGUCCUGCCCCAAGUAGCUGAGUUCAAGAACGUACCUUUGUCAUCUUACCUGAGAACCUCGAACAAAGUCAGCGAGAAUGACAGAAAGCUACUCGUCCAUUUCGUCGACAAUGUUCUGCGAUUGAUCUUUCCGGUUCUUGAUAUCCACCAGCAAGGAUCAGAGCGGUCAAAGGCAAUUCUGCACUCGCUAGAGACGAACAUGUCCUAUUAUCAUUGCUGCCUGAGCGUUGCCGCAAUCCAUCUCAAAGCCAGUAAUGGCCGGAGUUCGGACAAGAUUGACCAUGACAUCAUGCGUCACCGGUAUGAGGCGGUGUCUCAACUGUGCAGAACGCUCAACAGCGACAAUGGACAUGAGCAAAUCUUAGAUGCGACACUUGCGAUGAUCGUUUUCCACGGCUCUGUGGGCUCCCUGGAAGACUAUCUCCCUGACAUUCCUUGGAACGAGCAUUUCCAAGCCGGUGCAAAUCUCGUCAACAAGCUCGAUCUCGCGGACACUGGCCCUUACACUCAACCUCCAUUCAGCAUGUCGCUCGCCUCGUGGAUUGACAUCUUGGGCGCCACGAUGCUGCGGACAACCCCGUAUUUCUCACACACCUAUCGCACAAAACACCUGAGUGGGACAUCCUCCGGGCUCCGAGAGCUGAUGGGAUGUGAUGACCGCAUCAUGUAUCUCAUCUCAGAGAUUGCUUGCCUAGACUCGUUGAAAGCAGAUGGCCUUAUCGACGAUUUGGCUCUGCGCAAUCACGUCUCCGCCCUUGGUGCGCAGCUCGAUUUCACUGAACCCGUGGACUCGACCCUGGAGAAUCCGUACUCGUCGUCAGGAAUCAUUAAUCCUGAGCAACUUACCAAAAACAUGAGCGCCGUGUUUCGGUUAGCGGCUCGCAUCUAUCUGUACAGCUUGUUGCCGGAGUUUGAUCGCAGCCACAUCAGCACAAUCAGCUUGGUCACUGCUGUCGCAGAAGUACUACGGUUUAUUCCUACCGGUCCAUAUGGGUUCGACCGCUCCUUGGUCUGGCCAUUGUUGAUUACCGGGGCAUUCUCCACCCCAUCCAGCUCAUUCCGUAACAUCCUGGCUCAAAGAGCGGAAGCUCUGGGUGUAUUAGGCGAUUUCGGCAACUUUGGUAGGAUGUAUCGCUUGCUGGAGGAGGUCUGGAGGAUCGCUGAUGACCCGAACGUGCCGACAUUCGCUGAAUCCAACAUUCUUCUGACCUCUCCGGAUCAAAAAUACGAAUUAUUACCAGCGCAUUCACCUCGCGUCGAGGACUUUGGAAGGUCAAUCAAAAAGCAAAAGGUCCAUUGGCGAGAGGUCAUGAAUCGAAAAGGAUGGCAGUACCUGCUGAUCUAA